AUGAUCUACACCUCACUCUCCGCUACUCACAUCGUAUGGCUGAGCCAUGGAAGUCAUCAAUACGGCGAAUACGUUGUACCAAGGGUGGGAUGUGGAGGCGAUGAGAGAAGCUGGUGACGCCGCGUGAGAAGCCCAAAUUACGCGUCCACUCAUCAAUCUCCAUCAUCCAUCGCUCCUGCUUUAAUUAUGCACUAACAAUCGGUGUACAGAAGCUAUGCGCAUGUCUCAUCAUCUCCAGGCUUCACUGCCAUCAAUCAAUGUUCACCGCAAUUGCUCCCAUCUCUUCAGCCCUCAGCAAUCUCUCAGACACAGCAUAACCAGGCCAGGGUGCGUACUACAGGCAAGUCAAGUCGACGCAGAAACCCGACUGUAGCAACAUACCUGGGCUUAGGCGAUUCAGCAGAGCCUGCGCAUCUGGUCAAGUACGCACCAACACCAGAUGGGCAGUCUCCACCACAGCCCACGUGGAAGCGUCGAAUGCCACGAAACGGCGAAAAGGUGUCAACAAGAAAGAAGGCCAACACAGAUAGCAAGAAAGUGUCAAACCAAAGGCGCGUAUCCGAGAACCUUCGUGUCACCAAGCAUCUCAAUCAGUCCGUUACAAAUAAAUUAGAUGGCUCUACUGAAGAACCUCUGCCUACACCUGCCUCCGCCAUGGUAUCUGCAGCAACGGCUCCAGCGAGUGAGCGACGACGAACAGAACAUCAAGAGCGAGUAUCACACAAUAUCACUGUGGAAAGUAGUGCUGCUCUGCCGGUUCAGACGUCUCACGCACAUUCUGCGGACGACGACGACGACGACGACGACUUUGGUCAGCUAUGCUUUGACUUCGAGCCAAGUUCUCGCACUGCUAACGACUCGAUGUGCUCAGCAUAUACCUCAGAGCUGACGGAGCAUGCUGAAAUGCAGUUCGACGAUGACGAUUUCGAUGAUGAUCUUAUGGAUGACGACCUUCUCGACCUGACAACAGAUACAAUUGAUGUUUCAAGCAGCCCUAAACUCCAGUCAAGUUCACCCAUCAAGAUUCACAUUGCAGAUGAAUCAGUUCAACAGACACAGAUGCCUGGCACAUCUGCAGACACCGCUGUCGUGCUUGACGAAAAGGUCAACAGCUCGGGUCCUAUGUCGAAGAAGUUUGUAUCCCCAGUCACCCUGACCACGCGACUACUUGCAGCAACCGGCUACGAGGCUCGGAAGCCGAUCGUCAGACCAGCUUUUCCUGCUGCAGUUCGUGACCGCUCGCCCAUCAUUGGUCUGUCGCCCAAUACCUUGCUGAGAACCUGCUUCCGUGUCGGUGAAGCUAUUAAUCAGAGCUGUCAAGCGACAAAGACAGGCAACCAUAUCCUUAUCGAGCUGUACGCCAGAGUGCUGAACUCCGAUCGUGACGACAUACAGCAACGGUUUACGUUUUGCGAUCUGUUUCAUGCGAAACUACCGUACAUCCAAGCAACCUACGCUGCCGCAAUAUGGAAGACUGUUCAGCUAUUCGAGUAUGACAGUGCACGCCUAUUGUCACAAGGCAGAAUCUGCCGGUGCAUAGGCACGAUGAAGCGUAACGGGAAGGACUGGGUUAUGACAGUGCUGAACAUCUGGGAGGCGACCUGGGACGAUGUUCAAUGGGUGGAAGGUAUUGUCAGUUCUUGAUCUGGGGAAGUUGCUGGAAGGUUAUCAGGGGUACACCAUCAGGGUGGACUGAAUGUGAGACAAUCUUCAGAGGAUUUGUUCGAGGCUGAUGGGAUGUACUACGACGUCGUAUAAUGACUUUACAUCAACAAAU